AUGUGGAAUAUGCGACGGCAGGUGAUCGCUCCAUCAUUUUUGGGUUCAGACAAAAAUGGCUCCAAUUUCAGACCCAGUGGUCACUUUGGAAUGUACUGGACCAUCACCUUAUCGCCCAAGUCGUGCUACGAGGUCGACGCCGAGCGCUACGUCUUCUUUUGGCCGCUAACCUCCAAUGUCCUUCGCUUCCCGCGCCACACCUGCCUUCUCUUUCACCGGCUGCACCUGUUUGGCGCGAUCUUCCUCGUUCAGUUUUGCUCUGGAUCGCUCUACGCGUUCAUGGCGCUGCCCGACCCGAUCAACCAUUAUUUCGGCUUCCCGACCAGCGACGCGCGCGCCGUCCAGCUCAUCCUCGUGGCUGGCGUGCUCAGCAUCCUCGCGCAGGUCCUUCUCGGCCCGCUCUUUGAGCGCCAAGGGCCGCGCUGGAGCAUGGCGAUCGCGACGCUCAUCCUCACGCUCGGCCUCAGCGCGUCGCUUCUCGCC